UUGAUUUGAAAAGAAAAAAAGAAAGCCCCAGGGAAUUGCCACUUUCUGUUCACCUGGGGGGUGGUGGUGGUGGUGAAUAGUUCUUUGCUUUUUUCUAUGUGAAAAUUCUUGCUGCUUUCCAAAUCAGAUUCAGGAAGAUUCGCUGAAGACUUAUUCUUAAACAGCCUUAGUCAUAUUUUAAUGCAUCGCUGUCAGACACUUUUGGGGCUCACGCAGAUGAGCUGAGCAGGGAAGAGAAAAACCUAACAGGGACUCCUGGGGUCUCCGAAAGUUCAUUCUAUCACUGGAAGAACUGGGUUUAGCUUUGGCACCAAUGCGGAACGGGGGAUGGGAAAGUGAAAAAUCAAAGGUUGGAAGGGAAAGAAUCUGGGAAGGUAGAAAAAGGAAAUUUGAGAAUUGAUUGGCUCCAGUUGCUGUCAGCGGGUGGAUGUCGUUUUUUUCUUCCUUUCUUCUUCUUUUUUUUUUUCCCUACAGGAAGUGAUUUGCAGUGCUCACCGAGCCUUUGUUGAGAGGGGCUCCUCGCAGAGUGAGUCAUGCUUUUGCUGAGAGCAGCCCGAGCAGCUGGGCUCUCUCUCCACCAGAGGCAACUAUGACUUUUGCAAAGCAGACGUUCCACCCUGAGCAGCGGGCUCUGCGGCCGGGGAUGCGCGGCCGCCGCUGGGCUGGCUUUUGAUGGUGGAGGGCCCGGUGCUCAGACCUCGCUGUCCCUCUGCAGAAGGCUGUCGUGGGACCCCGGCUCUCCGUCCCGCUCCGGGGCCCGCGGCUCGCCUGCUAUGCGCGGCAGCCCGCGCCGGGGCCGGCACCAGCGGCGCCCGGGCGGAUGCGGCGAGCCCACGGAGGGGCAUGCUUCCACGCACCAAGUACAACCGCUUCAGGAAUGACUCGGUGACCUCGGUCGAUGACCUCCUGCACAGCCUGUCGGUGAACGGCGGCGGCAGCGGCGGCGGCAAGGUCUCGGCGGCGCGCGCGACCCCCGCGGCGGCCCCCUACUUGGUGUCCGGCGAGGCGCUGCGCAAGGCGCCCGACGAUGGGCCCGGCAGCCUGGGCCACCUGCUCCACAAGGUGUCCCACCUGAAACUCUCCAGCUCCGCUGCGCCCCGGCCAGUAUGAGCGCGGCCAAGAAGGGCCGGCCGGGCGACGAGCCGCUGCCCAGGCCGCCCCGGGGGGCGCAGCACGCCAGCGACCAGGUGCUGGGGGCCGGAGUCACCUACGUGGUCAAGUACUUGGGGUGCAUUGAAGUUCUGCGCUCAAUGAGGUCUCUUGACUUCAGUACAAGGACACAAAUCACCAGGGAAGCCAUCAGCCGUGUUUGCGAAGCAGUACCUGGUGCCAGAGGAGCCCUCAAGAAGAGAAAGCCUCCAAGCAAAAUGCUGUCCAGCAUCCUGGGAAAGAGCAAUCUCCAGUUUGCAGGGAUGAGCAUCUCUCUGACUAUCUCCACCGCCAGCUUGAACCUGCGAACACCUGACUCCAAACAGAUCAUCGCCAAUCAUCACAUGCAAUCCAUCUCCUUCGCCUCCGGGGGAGACCCGGACACAACAGACUACGUUGCCUAUGUAGCGAAGGACCCCGUUAAUCGCAGAGCCUGUCACAUUCUCGAGUGCUGCGAUGGGCUGGCCCAGGAUGUCAUUGGCUCCAUUGGACAAGCAUUUGAGCUCCGGUUUAAGCAAUACUUGCAGUGUCCUUCCAAGAUUCCGGCUCUCCAGGACCGAAUGCAGAGUCUGGACGAGCCCUGGACAGAAGAAGAGGGAGAAGGCCCAGACCACCCAUACUACAACAGUAUUCCCAGCAAGAUGCCCCCUCCAGGGGGGUUUCUCGACGCUCGACUGAAAACCAGACCCCAAGCCCCUGACACCGCACAAUUUGCAGGAAAAGAGCAAACUUAUUACCAAGGAAGACAUUUAGGAGAUGUAUUUGGUGAAGACUGGCAGAAAGCACCCAGCAGGCAAGGGUCCUUGGACAUCUACAGCACACCGGAAGGGAAAGCGCCUGGGCCCGCCGUGGGAGAAGGACCCACCUAUGUCAACACCCGACACAUCCCCCCGCAGGCCCGGCCAGCCACGGCCAGCAGCGCAGACAGCAGCCCACGGAAAGACCUCUUUGACAUGAAGCCUUUUGAAGAUGCUCUCAAGAACCAGGCCGUGGGGCCUGUGUUGAGCAAGGCUGCCUCCGUGGAGUGUAUCAGUCCGGUCUCACCCAGAGCCCCAGACGCCAAGAUACUGGAGGAGCUGCAUGCUGAGCCUUGGUACCAGGGGGAGAUGAGCAGGAAGGAGGCGGAGGGGCUGCUGGAGAAAGACGGAGACUUCCUGGUCAGGAAGAGCACCACCAACCCCGGCUCCUUUGUUCUCACGGGCAUGCACAACGGCCAGGCUAAACACCUGCUGCUGGUGGACCCCGAAGGCACGAUCCGGACGAAGGACAGGGUCUUCGAUAGCAUCAGCCACCUCAUCAACCACCACCUGGAGAGCAGUCUGCCCAUCGUCUCGGCUGGGAGCGAGCUCUGCCUCCAGCAGCCGGUGGAGAGAAGACAGUGAGGGGUGCAGCCCAUCCUGACCCUCAGCACCAGGUCAGGGGCCCGGAGUGCACAGGCCCUGGGGAGCUGCUCCAGGGUCAGCGCCUCCCUCAAAAGCCCUCAGAGAAAGGCUUCCUUCAGAUUCAAGUUUCAUAAACUUGUUCCAGAUUUCUCAUGCAUAUUAAAGGUGUACAUACCUAUA